GUCUCCGAAGCGUCGCCCCUCCUCUAGAUGUAGGAGGAAGACAUAAGAUCUGUAGAAACUUAUAAAUUCAUAAUCAUAAUUAAGCCGUUGCCUAACGCACUUUAAUAACGUUCAACAGAGGAAAAAAAGGAGGAGAUAAAACAAGGAUUAAAUUCUCCAUUUGAUUAAAGCAAAAGAGCAGAGCAGAUUUGGGCUUCGGCUUUUGCAUUCUUCGCUCUACUUUGCUUCGAUUCUCCAUUUUCUCCUUGGCCUAGGGUUUUGCAGCUACUCCUCUGUUAUAGAAAUAAACAGAGAACGCGACUAAUCCCGAUCUCUCUUUUAAUUUUGUUAAAUACGGUUAUUUUUGUUUCUUACUGUGUUGAUUCGAUGGUUUAAGGCCCUUCCAGGAUCAAAGUGAAUAAGUAGGAUUUCAAGGAUGAGAUGAACUGAAGUAUCAUCAUCUUUAGACAAAGGUUUCGAAGUAGUAAGCUACAAUAUAUGGCAUAUUAGGGGUAAAACGAAACCCAACGUAGGAUACUAACACCAGCUUGGCUUUAGAUUGUGGAUGUGUUUGUGGAGGAGGUGAAUGAUGCUGUUAUUCGUAGCCUAAUGCUUGCCUAGGUUCUUAUUUAUACUGACAUACCUGUAUUUGUGUACUAAGUAUGGAAUUAUAGAAUUUUAAUAUGGAAGACUAUAGAGAAUCAGAGCUUCCACUUCUUAGCUGGAUCAGCAAAAAUCCUUCUGAGAUGGCGGAAUCCCCUCUGUUUAUUGUCUCCUGUGUCAUUGCUGGUUUAGUUGGAAUUUUAACUAUACUUUACACAGCUUUCCAGUGGAGAAGGAGCACAAAUGGUAGUUGGAUGAAAGCCAUAGCCAGAUCAAAGAAAAACCCGAAAACAAGGAAUAAGGUCCCUGUGGCUCCUCAUACUUGGGCUUUAGAAACUGUUUCUCGAGGGAAAAGUUUAAAUUGUUGUGUCUGUUUAAAGUCCAUUUCUCCAUCUCAGACUCUUGGCCCAAUUGUGGCUUCGGAAAGUUUCUUUAAUCGUUGCAGCAUAUGUGGCGCGGCAGCUCAUCUGAGUUGCUCAUCUAGUGCUCACAAGGAUUGCAAAUGUGUAUCUAUGUUUGGAUACCCUAAUGUGGCACAUCAGUGGGCAGUGCGCUGGACAGAGGUAGCUGAUCAACCUGAUGAAUCUUAUUUCUGCAGCUACUGUGAAGAGCCAUGCAGUAGUUCAUUUCUUGGUGGGUCCCCUAUAUGGUGUUGCCUGUGGUGUCAGCGUCUAGUUCAUGUUGAUUGUCAUGCCAAUAUGUUCAAUGAAACUGGUGAUAUUUGUGACCUGGGCCCUUUCAGAAGGCUUAUUCUAUCGCCACUUUAUGUGAAAGAGCUUAACAGGACUUCUUCGGGUGGACUGCUGAGUUCUAUCACACAAGGGGCCAAUGAGAUUGCAUCUUCAGUACGUGCUACCAUAAUGAGUCAAAGCAAGAAAUACAAACACAGUAAUGAGAAACAUGGGAGCGGGACCCCUGCAGAGACAAGCAAUGGUGAUGCUACUGGGGACACAACUGCUGAAAGCACUGCUGAUAGUCAUCAAGUAAAUGGUGAUUGUAGAAUAGAGGAAAAUUGCAAUGGCUGUGUAAAUAGAGAGGGUGUGGAUCAGCAGCAAGACAGUGGUGUGAAAAAGAUGAUAUCUAUGCCCAGCUUCCAGAGGAGUUCAUCCAUUAAUCAGAAGGAUGAAUCUCAAUUAAUAGUGAUAAGGCAGAAAUAUGAAUUGACUGAUUUGCCUCCAGAUGCCAGGCCUUUGCUAGUUUUUAUAAACAAGAAAAGUGGAGCUCAACGAGGAGAUUCACUUAGGCAGCGGUUAAGCCUUUUAUUAAACCCAGUGCAGGUCUUUGAGUUGAGUUCAACCGAAGGGCCCGAAGUUGGUCUGCAUCUUUUUAGAAGGGUGCCUCACUUCCGGGUUCUUGUAUGUGGAGGUGAUGGUACUGUAGGCUGGGUUUUGAAUGCCGUAGAUAAACAAAACUAUGUUUCUCCUCCACCAGUGGCAAUACUCCCUGCUGGGACAGGAAAUGAUUUGGCUCGAGUUCUUUCCUGGGGAGGUGGCUUGGGUUCUGUAGAGAGACAAGGUGGUCUUUGCACACUUUUGCAUGAUAUAGAACAAGCUGCAGUAACUAUCCUUGAUCGAUGGAAAGUUUCUAUCUUAGACCAACAGGGCAAGCUGCUUCAAGCCCCGAAGUUCUUGAACAACUACCUUGGGGUUGGUUGUGAUGCAAAGGUUGCAUUAGAAAUCCAUAAUAUGAGGGAGGAAAACCCCGAGAAGUUCUACAAUCAGUUUAUGAACAAAGUUCUUUAUGCCAGAGAAGGUGCUAAGAGUAUCAUGGAUCGGACAUUUGCAGAUUUUCCAUGGCAAGUUAGGGUGGAGGUUGAUGGUGUUGAGAUUGAGGUUCCUGAGGAUGCAGAAGGUGUUCUUGUAGCUAAUAUUGGAAGCUACAUGGGUGGAGUAGACUUGUGGCAGAAUGAAGAUGAAACUUAUGACAAUCUUGAUCCUCAAUCCAUGCAUGACAAGAUGCUGGAGGUUGUCAGCAUUUCUGGGACCUGGCAUCUUGGGAAGCUUCAGGUGGGGCUUUCGAAAGCUCGGAGGCUUGCACAGGGGCAAUUGGUCAAAAUUCAACUUUUUGCUGGAUUUCCUGUUCAAAUAGAUGGAGAACCCUGGUAUCAGCAACCAUGUACAUUGACAAUAACACAUCAUGGACAGGCCUUCAUGCUGAAGAGAGCAGCAGAAGAACCUCUAGGUCAUGCAGCAGCAAUAAUUGCUGAUGUGCUUGAGAAUGCGGAAUCCAAUCAAGUGAUUGAUGCGUCACAGAAGCGGGCACUUCUUCAAGAAAUGGCCCUUAGACUCUCUUAGACACACAUUGAUUUAUUAGGUUGCAGCAGUUGAUAGGAAGUUUUGUAUAAAGUCCUCUACCUUUUUGUACAGGUUCUUCCAUCUCACAUGUAAAAUAUAUGGAAAUUAGAAAUGUAUACAAAGCUAGUCAACAUCGAGUGAAGAGGCAAAUUUUAUGAUGGUUGGACCAGUGUCCUCGUGGCCCUACGGUCUAAUUUGUGCUCCCUUUGGGCGUGUGUUUAUAUAGUACCCCACAAACAGUGACUGUAACAAUAUCCAAACCACCCAGUAGUUGAAGAUUAUGGGUUGGCCGA